UGUCAACAACAACCAGGAAGUGACGAUUACCUGUUACACUUGGAAUACUUCUGACUAUAUAUUGACUGGUUUUGAAUAAUUGUAUACAUAAUGGUCGACGAUAUUGUAAAACUUGUGUAGCCAGUCUAUCAUGUCAGAAAAACAGAAAUGGCUUCGCCACCAAAACCUUGGGAAAGACCAGGCAUUAACAAACAAUCGGAUGAUAUAACCCCGUCUUCAUUCAUGUCAGGACCAGCUCCGUCAUCAUAUGGACUGGGAUCAUCACUGUCGGGUUUAUCACCAACAACAGGUGGUGGGGACGCCCCUCCCCCAGUCCCAUCACGUUCUCCCACAUUAGGAUACUCCAGUUAUUCUCCUGGAAAUGGUUACGGGGGAUCCUACAGCAGUCCAUACAGCUAUGGAGGUGGUGGCAUGUACAGCAGCCCUUACAGCAGCAUGUACGGAGGGUACAGCUCUGGAAUGUAUGGAUCCAGUAUGUACGGCGGAGGCUAUGGUGGAUAUGGGAUGAACCGAUACGGCUAUGGUGCACAAAAUAAUGAAUACAAUUCCUUUGCAAGAAUGGCUGAAGAAAGUUCACGGCCUGCCUUUCAGUCAAUUGAGAGCAUAGUUGGUGCUUUUUCUUCUGUGAGCAUGAUGUUAGACUCGACGUUUCAAGCGGUGUUCAAUUCAUUUCGAGCUGUGAUAGGAGUUGCUGACAACUUCAGCAGAAUGAAGACUCAAUUUGCUCAAAUAUUUUCUGCAUUCGCACUAUUUAGAACAAUAAGAUACAUGUACAGAAAGUUGUUGGUGUUGUUACGUUUAAGACCUCAAGGAUUUGCAGAAGAAGCCUGGACAGAAGCCGGGGACACUGUGACACAGGGCCUUGGAACUCCUGGGCCAGGCAAAGGAAAGAGCAGCUGGCCAGUGCUGAUGUUCUUUGCAAUCAUCAUGGGCGGACCAUGGCUUAUAUGGAAAUUUUUGCAGUCCACUUUUGCUGGUCAAGGUGUUGGCCAAGGCUGGGCAACAGGAGAAGAAGACCACUUUGUGGGUAAAACCCUGUACAACUUCCAGGCCCAGAGCAAUGAUGAGCUGUCUUUCCAGGCUGGUGCAAACAUCCACAUAGCUCCAAAAGAGAUGCAGCCAAGAGUGAAAGGUUGGCUCCUUGGGAGCAUUGAUGGCAAGACUGUUGGCCUGGUCCCAGCAAACUAUAUUAAGGUCCUUGGUAAGCGUAGAGGAACCAAAGUUUCUAACUAUCCUGUGAAUAAUGAACUGGAAACAUUCAGCGAUCAAAGUCAGGCUGGAAAAUCAAAUAUAAAUUCAGUCUCCAGUCUUAGUCAACCAUCAGUGCAAUCUGGUGCAGAAGCCAUAGGACUACACCAGUCACCAAGUGCUGUGAACUUUGAAAACCAAAUUCAGACUGAGUUUACUAGGGAGAGAAGUAUUCAAAACAUGGACUCAACCCUGCUAAACAAUUCUAGCCCAUUGGAUCAGGUUCCUGAAUUGCCAGAAGUUUACCAAAAUGACAAGGCAUAAUAUUUAGCCAUUUCAUUUUGGUGAUAGCAGUUGUAUUGUAUAAUUCUAAUAUUAAAGUGUAAAAUACGUGAA